GUUGCUGUUAGCGCUUCAAAAGAUGGUAUUCUACUUUAAGCUCUUUUCCAACCCCUCCGUGCUGUGCUACAUGGGCCGUGACAAGUACGAAAAUGAGGAGCUGAUCGCCCACGGCUGGCCGGAGGACAUAUGGUUCCACGUAGACAACCAUAGUAGUGCCCACGUCUAUGUGCGCAUGCCCAAGGGUCAAUCGAUGGACGACCUCACCCCUGAAAUGAUUGAGGAGUGCUGUCAGUUAACCAAGGCCAAUAGUAUCGAGGGCUGCAAGCUGAACAACGUCCGAAUUGUCUACACGCCUUGGAGCAACCUCGUGAAGACCGGAUCAAUGGCGGUAGGCCAGGUAGGUUUUCACGACGAAAAGCUGCGGCGCUACCAUACCGUCGCCAAGAAAGACACGGCAACCUUAAAAAGGCUGGAAAAAACAAAAGUUGAAAAGGAAUCGGUUGAUUUCAGGGCCCUGCGAGAAGAGAGAGAUGCGGAAGAGCGUCGUGAGGAACGCUCAGCAGCUCAGGCAAAGCGAGAGCAAGACAAGCAGCAAAGAGAGGAAAACCGACGCCAGGAGGAGCUUCGCACCUACGCGACUGUCAUGGACGAGCGCCUGAUGCGCACGAAUCGUGGAGAGGUUCCCGAUGAGGAUGACUUCAUGUAAGGGUCUUAAUAAUAAAGGGAGGUGCACAGAUCAUUAAGAAUUUACUAUCCACCUUGACAUAAGAAUAUCUUUAAUCUUAGAUAAUUGUUGGAUAUUUUUAUGGAUCACUUCAAUCGACAUACCCCGCGCAGCUUGCCGUUCGGCGCGAGGACUAGCGAUUCUAAACUAAA